GAAGAACAAAAUGGGUAUACUAAGCAGUCCAGCCGAUAUCAUGGAAGAACCUCCUACACUUUACCCUUCUUUGGAAACCUUCUUUGGAGUGGUGUUAUGCUGCGUGUUCGUGGUAGCUAUUAUAGGGAACACCCUUACAUUCUUAGUGGUUACGAAGAUGAACAGCUGGACCAACUCUGCUACACUGUUCAUCACUCAUCUGGGUCUGGUUGAUAUCCUCAACUCUCUCGUCAUCACACCCUUCAGUGCGGUAGCUCUGUUUACUGGAAGAAAUUCAACAAUCUACAGUCCUGACAAUCUACAUGGGGUAAAAUACCAGUGGCUCUGUGACAUAAACGGGUUCAUGUUUAUACUAAUCAGAGUUCUAGUGCCCCUCACUAACCUCAACAUUGCCAUCGACAGGACCAUCGCCGUUACCCUGCCCCUUAAAUACAACCUCAUCAUGAACCGAGUGUCUGUGAUGUGCAUCCUCGGGUGCGACUGGCUGAUAGCCCUCUGCUUUGCCUCGGCCACCAUUUUCAUAAACCGUCACCUCGUCUCGGCAGACAACGCGGCAGAGUCAUUCUUCAUGUAUAAUGACUACACAACUCUCUGUUCCCCCGCAAUGACUGUAGAUUACCACUAUUUUACAUUCCAAACUUGUCUAUCAGUGUCGACGGUUAUAGUACCUUUCAUUGCGAUAUUAUUCUUGUCCAUGAUAGUCAUCAUCCUUCUCAACCUCAAAGAAGGCAUGAGGAGUCCAAGGGAUAUCAUCAACAACAUAUGUGGUAAAACGUCAGUUAAACCAAACGAAGGUCGUCCGGAUGCCAGGUCGGAUAAGAGGACAAAGAGAACGAGGAAGGCUACCCACACUCUACUGAUCGUGGUGUUCCUUUACCUGAUAUUCUGGUUACCUUAUGUGGUGCUUUGGGUCUUUGAUGUUUCCCAUGUAUGGAUGUCAGAAACUGCACAGACGUAUUUAGUAACAGUAGCAACCCUAUUCAUAAUCUGUAACAGUGCUACAAAUCCACUCGUUUUUAUUAUCAGAUCGGAGAAGUACCGUUCAGUUAUUUGUAAGUCAGCGGGAGAUGUGAAACAGCGAAUGAACACCGUCAAGGAGGACUUAACUGGUUCGUUUAGUCACGUGCCGUCAGGAAAGCAGGAGUCUUAUAUUGUCAGAUCAGACUUCAACAGAACAACAUGUCCCUACCCAGACCAUAAAACCAAAGACACCUUUCUUUAAGCAUUUGUUAUUUAUACUUUUAUAUAUUAGCUGGACAAUUUGCAGAGGGGUAUUAUUUGGAACUGUUUUGUUACUUGUGUGAGGGGUUGCGUGUAUGAUUGAGGAAGUAUAUUGGUAAUAUUAAUACCCUUCAGUACAUCUACAUGUACAAUUACACAUUAAUCCCUUACUCCUUCAUAAAUCUAACCAAGUAUGGAAUCGACCCUUUAGAAAACGGCCUAAAUUAUGGGUUUUGAGGUACAUCAACACAAAAUUCUGGAAUUAAGAAAAAGUUCAAACGAUUGUCUACAGACCAGUUUUUAAUUUCGUAUUUUCGAUAUUCAGAAGUAAAGUUAUGAACCGUUGAAAAAUAUUGAUUUCAUCAUACAAUAGAAAUAAAAUUUCAAACAAUAAUUCUGACACCCUACUGUACAUUGUAGUGUACAGUAAACAUAGUACUAUAUGAUUGAAGAAUUAUUAUAUUAGUAAGCAUUGAACUGCAAUUGAAUCACCGUUGGACAAUUAUUUUUCGUUAUUUCAUUUAAAACGAUUGAUUUUGAUGAAACUAUAAUGUUUUUUAAUGAUAAAACGAUUGAAUUUGAUUAAAUACGAUCAUAGAUUUGAAUUCUGCGA